CUUGGUUUGUCGUAAAAUUUGGAAAUUUAAGGGUUCUCCGAUUCUUCCUCAUUCAAUUUCAUCAAAUUCAACAAACAAAUGCUCUAUCCAAUUUUAGGGUUUUCUCUUCUUCAUCAUUAUUUUCUUUGAUUUUUCAUUCAUUUCUUCUCAUUCUUUCUCCUUUCUUACAUCGCAUUCUCUCUUUGAUAAUCGAAAAUGGCAGAUGGUGAGGAUAUUCAGCCCCUUGUUUGUGACAAUGGAACUGGAAUGGUCAAGGCUGGAUUUGCUGGUGAUGACGCCCCACGAGCUGUGUUCCCUAGCAUUGUUGGUCGUCCCCGUCACACUGGUGUGAUGGUUGGCAUGGGCCAAAAGGAUGCGUAUGUGGGUGAUGAAGCUCAAUCAAAGCGAGGAAUCUUGACCCUGAAAUAUCCGAUUGAGCAUGGUAUUGUCAGCAAUUGGGAUGACAUGGAAAAGAUUUGGCAUCACACCUUCUAUAAUGAGCUUCGUGUUGCUCCAGAAGAGCACCCGGUUCUCCUUACUGAAGCCCCACUCAAUCCCAAGGCAAAUCGUGAAAAGAUGACUCAGAUCAUGUUUGAGACCUUUAAUGCUCCUGCUAUGUAUGUUGCCAUUCAGGCUGUUCUUUCACUAUAUGCUAGUGGGCGUACAACUGGUAUUGUCCUUGACUCUGGAGACGGUGUCAGUCACACUGUACCCAUUUAUGAAGGGUAUGCUCUCCCGCAUGCUAUCCUUCGUCUUGACCUGGCUGGACGAGAUCUGACUGACUACAUGAUGAAAAUCCUUACUGAACGUGGGUACUCUUUCACCACCUCAGCUGAGCGUGAAAUUGUGAGGGACAUGAAAGAAAAGCUUGCCUACAUCGCUCUUGACUACGAGCAGGAUAUGGAGACUGCAAAAACUAGCUCCUCUGUGGAGAAGAGCUACGAGCUUCCUGAUGGGCAGGUUAUAACUAUUGGUGCUGAGCGAUUCAGAUGCCCGGAGGUCCUCUUCCAACCAUCUUUCAUCGGAAUGGAAGCUGCUGGUAUUCAUGAAACCACUUACAAUUCGAUCAUGAAAUGUGACGUGGAUAUUAGGAAAGAUUUGUAUGGAAACAUCGUACUCAGUGGUGGUACCACCAUGUUCUCCGGCAUUGCCGAUAGAAUGAGCAAGGAAAUUACUGCACUAGCACCAAGCAGCAUGAAAAUUAAGGUUGUGGCACCACCCGAGAGAAAAUACAGUGUGUGGAUCGGUGGUUCUAUCUUGGCAUCCCUCAGCACUUUCCAACAGAUGUGGAUUGCAAAGGCAGAGUAUGAUGAAUCUGGACCGUCAAUCGUCCACCGGAAGUGCUUCUAAUUUCACUAUAAAUGUUCAAGGCGCCAUUUGUUUGGAAGACGGGUAUGACUUGCAUCCUCCGAUUUUGAUUGGCAAGCCUAAUCAGUAGUCGGAUAUAUGUAUUCUUUAGUUUUCGUUGCGAAGUCAUCCACCGAUUUUGAUUGGCGAGCCUAAUUAGUCGUAUAAAUUUUUGUUUUGUUAUAUGUAUUCUUUAGUUAUCGUUUGCGUGACGAGUACCUUGGAGAUGUGCAAGAAUUUUGAUUUCGAUAAUCCAUAUAUCAAUAUUCUCACAUUUCUGAAUUAAUAUAAAUUUAUGCAGCUGUAUGGGUGCUGCUUUUUGUGUGUA